AUGAAGGUGAACGCCAAGUGCAGGGCCUACCAGGGCUGCCCCGAGCUCUUCCCCAGCCGCUCCUCACGGUCCCUGGCAAGGGCCGUGCCCGCACGCCCUGAAGGGCAGCGGCUCCCGCCGGAGCGCCCCGCCCCGGCCCCCGCCGUGACCGACCCGCAAGGUCAGGGCAGGCCCGCUCCUCUGCGCGGCGCGGCGGCACCGCCGCCUCAGCGCCCGCCUCCCAACGCCGUGGUGUCCGGAGCUGCCGCUACCCCAUCGCACCCCGCACAUCCUCCGCGCCCUCCUCCUCCUCCUCACCUCGCCUGGCCCGGCCCGCGCCCCCGCGGCGGCCCCCAGCGCCUCGCGAGACCGCGGCUCCGCUGCACGCCUGCGCCCGCCGGCGAGGGGCGGGCACGGGGCCGGGGCCCCGCCUGCCGCCAGGGCUCCGGGAGCGGGUACCGAUCCCCGCCCGCCGCCAGGGCUCCGGGAGCGGGUACCGAUCCCCGCCCGCCGCCAGGGCUCCGGGAGCGGGUACCGAUCCCCGCCCGCCGCCAGGGCUCCGGGAGCGGGCACAGGGCCCGAUCGCCGCCCGCCGCCAGGGCUCCGGGAGCGGGUACCGAUCCCCGCCCGCCGCCAGGGCUCCGGGAGCGGGCACAGGGCCCGAUCCCCGCCCGCCGCCUCGGCUCCGGGAGCGGGUACCGAUCCUCGCCCGCCGCCAGGGCUCCGGGAGCGGGCACAGGGCCCGAUCCUCGCCCGCCGCCAGGGCUCCGGGAGCGGGCACAGGGCCCGAUUCCCGCCCGCCGCGGGGCACAGGGCUAG